UCAGACAGGCGGCAGCCCUCAGAAAGUGGGAAGUUUUCGCCAAAGGAUUCUGUGUAAAAAUUAAUCACCUUCAUGUCGACUCUGUUGGAUACUAACCCACCGAUGCUAUGGUUACCUUUAUUACGAUCUUACAGGUGAAUCUAGUGAUGUCCAUCCUGCUGUAUGUGAUGGUCCUCGUGUACCUCUAUGGUAUCCAGGCAACCAACAUGGACAGCAGUCGCCAGGGGCAACAACAACAGCAGCAGCCAAGCCCCGACCCUUUAAACUCCCUCAUCAUCCAGCUGCUUCAGGCUGACCUAACCAGGGGGAAGAGCAGGGGCAACCAGAGCCAGCAGGGGAAGAGCAGGGACACGGAGCCGCAGGACACACUGCCUCCUCUCCUGAGUGCAAACUUUCCUCUAGAAGAGCAGGGAGACAGGGAGCAGUGGGGGGCAGGAGGUCGCAGUGGCGGGAGAAGUGAUGGACUCAUGGAUCAGCAGGUCAUGCUGUUGAACACUGACCUCCUCAGGCAGCACAAGCGGUACAACUCGCCUCGAGUGCUGCUGAGCGACCGGCCGCCACUGCAGCCGCCACCGCUGUACCUCGCGGAUGAUUUUGUAAGCGGUGGACCGGACGGGAUGGCAGCGGGAAACAAGACACGAAAGAAGCGUUAUGCAGAGCACAAGAGCUACCGGGGGGAAUAUUCUGUUUGUGACAGCGAGAGCCAGUGGGUGACGGAUAAAACCCAAGCGAUGGACACCAGGGGGGACCCUGUGAUUGUUCUGGCCAAAAUUAAAACCAGUGCCACGCAGGACAUCAAACAGUACUUUUAUGAGACUCGCUGUCGAACCCCCAGGCCCUUCAAGGGAGGCUGCAGGGGCAUCGAUGACAAGAACUGGAACUCACAGUGCAAGACGACGCAAACUUACGUACGAGCACUGACGCAGGUUCGCAAUUCGGUGGGCUGGAGAUGGAUACGCAUAGACACUUCCUGUGUUUGCGCGUUGUCGAGGAAGCGUCAUAGGACGUAAAUAAAGCAAGCCCUGCUGGGGACUACCUGUUUGGAAUUUUACAUCCCAUAUAGGAUUUUAUUUCCAGUUCACAGAGCUCCCCACCAAAGGAUUAUAUGUCAUGGUGGCGAACAGCAACAUUCUGCUAUUAAGUGAUAUUUCUACUGAAGAAAUCUUGGGUCCAUUUAAAAGAUAUUUCACACCAAUGUGCUGCAAAUCAACACGCUGGUUCAGCACCACUGUUACGGAAGAACUCACAUGAGAGGGUCUGGGGAGGGAGGGAAUGAGAGUGUGAGGGAGAACUGUACAUAUAAAUUAUUUAAAUUAUAUGAAAUGCAUGUAGUUUAUACAUGUUUAUCUAUCUAUAUAUGACGUAUGAAUAUAUUUGUGUUAUUUAUUGAAAGAAGUCUUCUUCAAAAGGAAAAAAAAUGUCUAUGAAAAGGAAUGAAACAAGCUAUGAACUCACUUUGAGACUAUAAUGCAGAGCUGGGCUGCAAAGGUGCUUCACAGUAAGACUUUACAUGUGCCUUGACCAGUGUGGCUGCAGAGCAGAGAGGUAGGACACGGUGACUCACACACAGCAGUGGCCGCAAAAGUUCUGGGGAUGAACCCAGAAAGUGACAGAGCUGCAGCAAUGUGCCCUGUCCAAAUUCUUAGCAUUAAUGAUGCAGAUUACUCUAUCAGAAGCUACAAGACAUCCUAUGACCAAAACAAAGGAUUGAGAUUUGUGACCAAUCGUAUACAUUCACACAGCGCUCACAGUUGACACUACCUUUAUGUUGUAAUGCACAGCGAGUCCAUUUAUUCCUCUGGGAGACAGUUUUGUCAAAUAAAAAUAGAAACUCCUCUUGUGGAAUCUGCUGGCAGUGACUGAUGGAGAUUCAACUGUUUGGUUUUCCACAGACCACCUUGACUCUGUUUACCAAGUUUUCCUCUCACCUGAUAUCAUGAGCUGUUUUUGUUUCUUCCUUUUAAUAAAAAAAAUUAUAUUUCUUAAA